GAGUUCAUAUCUUCCAGAAUUGUGUGGGCAAAAUUCUUCUACAAGCCACCACACACAGCCACCAGAGGGGCAAAUACAAGUAUCCUCUCAUGCGCACGUUAGUUCAUCAUAACACACUCUCGCUAAAAUAAACUGAUACCUAAAGCAAAAACCAAGUUUCCUCUCUUUUCUUUUCUUUCCUUCCUUUCUCUGGAUUGCAUAAAAUAGAAACUGAAACUCCGUUCGCUUAAAGGUUCCAUUGAUUUGAAGAGGUGAUGCCAAACAGGACCUAAAAAAAAUGGCUUCUCUUUACAUAUUGAAAUCAAGUCUCUCUCCAAAUUCCCUUUCACACCCGAAUUUUCCCGGGAAAUUGGAUUCCAGGAAAGUGAUUCUCAGGUUGACAAAUUUUAGCACUGGGAGCUCGAGAAAAUACAUUCAGAGACCCAGGUUUAGGGUUAGCUGUUCAGUACAAGAAGGAGAUAAUCAAAGCAAUGAUGAGGAACCACCGGAAUCGUUGUUCAUGAAGGAGCUGAAGAGGAGAGGAAUGACUCCGACUUCAUUGCUUGAGGAUACCAAUAGGGGGAGUUAUGGAGUUGAGGAUGAGAUAAAGCUAGGAGAAGAAGAUAGAGGCUUUCCUAAAAGAAACGUUGUCUCAACUGAAUUUGAUCAGAGCCUUUCUAAUCAGAGAGAGCGUUCCAUGGCAUUGAACAGCGAAGGCCUUGAGGGUUUAAUUCCUCGCGCUAAACUUUUGCUUACAAUUGGAGGAACCUUCUUCUUGGGGUUUUGGCCAUUGAUUCUCUUAACUGCGACAUUCUUUUCUGCUCUCUGCAUUUAUUUCGGACCGAAUUUUGUCCAUGAUGCAAGCAAGACGACUGUCUCGCCGCCACCAUACAUCGAUCCAUAUGAACUCCUGGAAGAUGAAAGAAUAUCACAAAUAGCUCCCAGUUUAAAAUGAAGGACAAAAUACUUAAAUCUUGCAAAGCGUAGCUCUGUAACUUAUUUUCCUUGCCCUUGUUAAUUCUUUCCCUAUGUAAAUGCUUUUUAACUAUUACGAAAAACAACUCAUAACAGCUUAAUGGUCAGUAUCUUUCAUGGAAUUUUCAGUUCA